AUGAUCGAAGCAAUCACCGAGAACGAUCCGCACCGGAAGGGCAUUUCGUUUGCGUUGAUUAAAAAGUUUAUCAAGGGCAAGUACCAAAUCGAGACCGAGGUGGCUGCGGUGUACAUGAAGCGAGCGUACGAAAAGCUGACCACCAAGUCGAUCGUUGAGCGGGUGUCGGGAAAGAGCGGCAUCAAUGGCAGCAUCCGCCUCACCAAAGCGCACGUAGACAAGGGAAGGAAGCAACAGAGCAAGGGGAUCAAACAGGCCGAGAAAGCAGCAAAGAAGGCGGCAAAAACGAAACCGAAAGCGAAGAAGCAGGCGGAUCCUAAACCGAAGCAGACCAAAAAGGAUAAAAACAACAAUGACGGCGAGAAGAAGCAGAAAAAGGAGAAGCCGGCCAAGGCGAAGCCCGCGCAGCCAGUCAAACUGAAUCCGAAGAAAACCGCCAUUACGAAGACGAAAAUCGACCGUUCCGGGGGGAAGGUACGGCUUUCGAUUGUGUCCUCCACGGAUCCGGGGCCGAGCGGUAGGGCGAAGCCAACAUCCAAGGCAGCGAAGGGGGGGAAGGCUGCUAAGACUAAGAGUGACGAAAUGAACAAGAAACCAACGGCCGCCAAACCGCAACCUGUCAGGGCGGGCAGAGAGAAGAAGCAAUAG